AUGGCAACCCUUACAGAGUGUAUCGAGGUGCCUAAGCAAGCCGUUGUCUCCGAAGCCACUCGGGAACGAGAGACUUUUAGAUAUGACGACUCACUCUUCACAAACGUUCGCUAUAAUAACUCUGGCUCACCAAUUCCCCAAUCUGAACUCCUCACAUGUUCAGAUGUCAUCUUUACGGCUCUCGCCCGCCUAGCCGCUUCACAAACUGGCGCAGCCAAGGCUAUGAUCUCUUUGUUUGACCAGACUCACCAGUACAUAAUCGCUGAAGCCUCUGCCACCACACCACUGGUUCCCAGUCUGGGAUAUGAUUCCCAUCACGAGACUCUAUGGCAUUGCGGGACUGCUAUUCCUCGCUCCCACAGCGCCUGCGAAACCACUUUAUGCUCUGAUGACCCUCAUGAGUCUGGCCCCGACGGAUUCAAAGCCACUCAUCAACUACCAGUUAUUGUCGUUGACGAUGUCACCACUCAUCCAGAGUACUCAGCAAAGCCGUACUGUCGACCUGGCGGCGCGGCAAGAUUUUACGCUGCCGUGCCGAUCCGGACUGACCGGGGUGUCAACAUCGGUGUUAUGUGUGUAAUUGAUACAAAGCCGGCGUUGCAUUGGGAUCACCGAAUGUCUAGAAUGAUGAGAGAGCUUUCAAAGGCCGUGACUGAGCAUCUUGAAACCAUCAGCCUCAAAAGUAACCAACGCCGCAGUGAGAAGAAGGCUACGGGCUUGACAGCUUUUGUCGAGGGUGAUGCGCAACCUGUCCCUCCAGCGAAGAGUCUGCAGGAGAACGAGAAACGACUCAAUGGCGCUUCUAAACCUCAGAGGCCGAGAAUUGAGGACGUACAGGACAGUCUGGUAGACAUGAGCAUCAAACCAACUACAUCGUCUGCCGGUGAUCCUCAGGAACUAGCCAGCGGGCAAGAGAGAAAAACGCGAACCGUACAGCCUGCCCCUGAUGGAUUUUCUGUUUAUCACGACCCAAAUCGAGUUCUUGAAACGCCACGGCAAGUCUUCUCUAAAGCCGCUCGUAUCGUCAAGAACUCGAUAGAGAUCGACGGAUGUAUGUUCAUGAACGCAGAUAUGCUCGAGUUCUCCACGACUGGUGUUUCCAAUGAAUGGAUGGACGAGGAUCUGUCGACCCGGCGACGUUCCACUUUCAGUCACCAUGAUAGCGAGGAUGCAUAUACGACUGGCUCGUCCGAAGACCGCUUACGUUCCUCGUGCCAGGUACUUGGAUCAUCUGAGCAAGACGCAUCGAAUGGCAACCGUGCUUCUGUUUCCCUUCCGCAAAACCUUCUCGCCCGAAUGAUCCGAAGAUAUCCCAAGGGCCAUAUCUUCAACCUUGAUGCCAAUGGAGACCUGCAGCCUGAUGAGAUAUCUGACGAAUCGAAUCACAACGCUCUGAUUAACGACCACGACAAGAACCAUUCCAGUGGAGCUGCCUAUAACAAACAGGAAAACCAAUUCCGGAUCCAGCGGCGAGAAGCAAAUAUUCUUCGCGAAGCUUUCCCCGGGUCCCGCAGCGUCGCCUUUGUCCCUAUCUGGGAUUUGCGUAAAAAGCGGUGGUCCGCUGGCGGGUUUAUAUACUCUUUCAACAUUAAACGCAGCUUUACUAUUGAUCUCGAUCUCAGCUAUCUCAGAGCUCUCGGUAUGCUUGCCGCGGCUGAGGCCUUCAGGCUCGAGACUUUGGCGGCAGACAAGGCUAAGACUGAUGCCCUUGGCUCGUUGUCCCAUGAGCUAAGGUCACCACUUCAUGGUGCUGUUCUUAGCGUUGAGCUGCUUAACGAUACUGAUCUUAGCAUUCCACAACAGAAUAUUGUCCGCACAAUUGAGACAUGCUGCCGAACGCUCUCUGAUACCAUUGAUCAUCUUCUCGAAUAUUCAAAGGUCAACAAGCCACUACCGCAAGAAGGGAGUCGGGAGAAUCAAUCUGAUACGUAUGGUCUCAGUAGAGCCCCGGUCAUUGGAGGUGCUCCCAAAUCAUCAAGAAAGGUUGUUGAGCUCGACGUACUGGCAGAAGAGGUUCUGGAGAGUGUAUAUGCUGGUUUUAACUUUCAGCAUGUUUCGCUAGCCCAAGCAGCUCAGUCAACAACUCAACCACUUCGACGCCCCGGCCACACAUCGAUACGUCGGAUGGACACUAUGCAAGCUAUAGAGGAGCUUCGAAUGCCGAUCAAGGAUCGGGGUAGCGUCGAGACGAAAAUCGGGGACGUGGAGAUCUUUUUAGUCAUUGAUUCGCGGCCAUCAUGGGGAUUCUACACGCAGCCUGGACCAGUGCGUCGUAUCAUCAUGAACCUGUUUGGGAAUUCUCUCAAAUACACAACCACUGGGUUGAUCCGAGUGUCUCUGGAACAAACGAGCGCUCUAGGGGCUGACGACAACGAUUGUUGGGUGACCAUCACAGUUUCAGAUACGGGAAUAGGCAUCAGCGACGACUUUUUGCAAAACGGACUAUUCAAACCAUUCUCACAAGAGAACCACUUAUCUCCCGGUACAGGCCUUGGGCUGAGCUUCGUCAAGCAAAUAACAGCACAGUUUGGAGGCCAAAUAUCAGUCAAGAGUCGAGUCGGUACGGGAACGACUGUCACAGUCAGAUUGCCUAUGAAACUAGGCGAUGACUGCCACAAAGGGGUUUGCGAAGUCCGACAAAGAGAAGAAGAGUUUGAGGCACAGACGGAUAAGCUACGUGGACUGCGUGUCAAGGUGAUCGAUUUUGGAAACAAUGAGAGUGAUUCUUCGGGGACGAAGAUGGAAUCACCUUGUCAGCUCGUGCAGAACAUGUGCAAUGAGUGGCUUGGGAUGCAGGUCAACACUGGUUUUGAGACGCCAUGCCUGAUGCCUGAUCUUGCUAUAUGGUCCGAACAAGGGUUCGAGAGGCCUUGUGACCAACAGGAUACGAUGCCUGAUGUUCCAAAGAUUGUUAUUUGUGCGAACGCCCUUACAGUUCAUCAAUACGCCUCUGGAACCAAAAAGACGCCACGUCCGGGUGUAUUUGAGUUUAUAUCUCAGCCGCUUGGUCCUCGAAAACUAGCAAAAGCAUGCUCGCUCGCCCUUUACCGCUGGACGGUUGCACAAACAUCCAUCGACACUCCAAUAACCGCACCCCCAGACCAAGACUCACUCACUGUUCCCGACAACACCGCCUCGUCCAUUCCUCAUCCUACGUCCCCAUUUCCUCUAAGUGCCGAACCAACACCCACACAAACCACUCAGGGCUAUUUCCACAACCCCGAAUUUCUCCUGGUCGAUGACAACUUUAUCAACUUGACAAUCCUUUCCUCGUACAUGAAGAAGCUUAAGCAACCAUACCAGACCGCUUCCGAUGGCCUUGAAGCGGUAACAGCCUAUGAAGCGGAUCCAGGGAGGUAUACAUGCAUCCUGAUGGAUAUAUCGAUGCCUGUGAUGGACGGCUUUGAAGCUACACGCUUAGCUUCUGAAGAGGCGCAGAGGGAGGCUGAAGUCAGUGGGCUGGAUUUGUUCCUUACAAAGCCUGUCAGGUUGAAGGAACUGGGGCCGAUUUUGAGGGCUAAGGGGGUUCUGGAAGAGGAGUCAAAUAUGGGAUAG